UGACUGACUUUUGUGGCCCUUCUUCCGUUUUGUGUGUGUCUGUGUCUCUUUCGUGUUAGUCACUUUGUUUGUACUUGUACAUGUCUGACUUUGUUUGUGUUGAGACGCUUGGUUAGUUUAGUUUAGUGCCUUUUUGUUUUGCCACUCGAUUCUGUUUGUGGGUUUAUGUGAUUUUUACCUUGGGCACUUGUGAUUUAGUUUUGUCGUGUCUCUCUUAGUUUAGUGAAUCCUGUUAUUUUAUUUCUUAAUUUAGGUUAUUUUAUGUAGUAUUAAUUCAAUACUGGCAUGGUCUAAAAACUGGGAAUAGACUGGGAAUACAAGAUAGAAGAUAAUGCUCCUGACACUCCCUGCUGACACACCUUAUCUAAUCGAUAGACUUUAACCUGCUCCUCCUUUUGUGUCUCUUCUUGCUUUGGUAAGUUGUUUUAUUUAUUUCACUGCAAAAGGUUAAGAUUCCAAUUUCUGUAUUAAAAAUGUUUAAAGAUAAAAUAAAAGUUGAAUUCUCAGUAACUGCCUCAGCAAAUUCUGCAGGAUCAGCAUGGACCGACACACACCAGGUCCAGAAUCUGUUUCUCUGAAGAGUGACUGGUCCAAAGACUGGGAUGCAGACUUUAAAAGGAGUCCAGAAGUCCCUGGUUCUGGACUGACGUGUGUUUCUCUGAAGAGUGACCAGUCCAGAGAUGAAGGCCUUCUAUUUAAAGCUGCUGCUCAAGAUCAGGGAAUGAAGCUAAGCCCAGACGGAAACAAAGGAGAGCUCCCCCUGCUGGAUGAUGUGUUUUCUCGACUGGAGGAGGAGAUCCUGACUUUUGUGAAAGAGAAGCUGAGGCAGUUCCACAGGGUCCUAGCCUCUGAUUACCCAGAAUGCUCAGAGAUUGAGGAGGAGGAGUCGAGCAGCACAGAGGCGGUUCUGAACAUCACCCUGGACUUCCUGAAGAGGAUGAAGCAGGAGCAGCUGGCCAAACGCCUCCACAGCUGGUCGACAGAUACUGUUCACAGUGAACUGAAGACGCAUCUGCAGCAGAGGUUCAGCCGUGUGUUUGAGGGCGUGGCUAAAGCAGGAAACUCUGCGCCCUUGAACCAGAUCUACACAGAGCUCUACAUCACAGAGGGCGAGGCCUCAGAGGUCAACCAGGAACAUGAGGUCAGACACAUCGAGGCAGCGUCCAGGAAACUAACCACUCCAGAAACCACCAUCACAUGUGAAGAGCUUUUUAAAGGCCAUGCCCAAAGACAAAGACCAAUCAGAUUUGUGCUGACAAAGGGCGUGGCCGGCGUGGGGAAAACAGUGCUGACUCAGAAGUUCAGUCUGGACUGGGCUGAAGGUCGGGCCCACCAGGACCUCCAACUGCUGUUCCCGUUCACUUUCAGAGAGCUCAAUGUGCUCAGAGACACACAGUUCAGUCUGGUGGAGCUGCUGCACCACUUCUUCAGUCCAUCUAAAGUUCUCUGGAGCUUCCAACAGCUCCAGGUGCUCUUCAUCUUUGAUGGUCUGGACGAGUGCAGACUUCCUCUGGACUUUAAUGGAAGCAAGGUCCUAACUGACCCCACAGUCAGGACUUCGGUGCACGUGCUGCUGGUGAACCUCAUCAGGGGGAGCCUGCUUCCCUCCGCUCGCCUCUGGAUAACCACGCGCCCCGCCGCAGCCAAUCAGAUCCCUGCUGAGUGCGUCUCCAUGGUGACAGAGGUGCGAGGGUUCACUGACCUACAGAAGGAGGAGUACUUCAGGAAGAGGUUCAGAGACCAGGCCACAGCCGUCAUCUCCCACAUCAAGAGCAUCCGCAGCCUCCACAUCAUGAGCCACAUGCCGAUCUUCUGCUGGAUCCUCUCCACAGUUCUACAGAAGCUUCUUGAACAAACAAAGGAACCAGAGCUGCCCCGGACUCUCACACAGAUGUACAUCUAUUUCCUGGUGGUCCAGGUCAAAGUCCAGAACAUCAAGUAUCACCAGGGAUCAGGGGCAGACCUUCACUGGACACCAGAGACCAUGGAGAUGGUGCUGUCUCUGGGAAAACUGGCCUUUGAGCAGCUGCAGAAAGGAAACCUGAUCUUCUACGAGAGUGACCUGAGCGAGUGUGGGCUGGACGCUGCAGCGGCCUCAGUGUACUCCGGAGUGUUCACACAGAUCUUUAGAGAGGAGCCAGGCCUGUACCAGGACAAGGUCUACUCCUUCAUCCAUCUGAGUGUGCAGGAGUUUCUAGCUGCUCUACAUGUCCAUCAGACCUUCUAUGGCUCUGGAGUCAACCUGAUGUUCACAGAACAGACCUCUGAGAGAACUGGACAGAGGAGAAAAAGUAGAUCACAGAUAUUAAAAAGUUUGCGGUUUCUUAAAGAAAAAUCAAGGAAACCAACAAUGGAAGCUGAGUGGAGCUUUUACUGCUCUGCUGUGGACCAGGCCCUACAGAGUCCAAAUGGACAUCUGGACCUAUUCCUGCGCUUCCUCCUGGGACUGUCUCUCUCGACCAAUCAGAGCCUGCUCCCAGGCUUGCUGACUCAGGCAGAAAGCUUUCAAUCAACAUAUGUCAGUGAAAAUUACAAUAUAGUACGUUACAUUAAGUAUAGGCUUGAUGAGGCUCUGUCUCCAGAGAGAAGUCUGAACCUGUUGCACUGUCUGAAUGAGAUGAAUGACCACAGUCUGGUGGAGCAAAUACAGAACAACAUGAGAGAAGGAGGUCUCUGUAAUGGAUACAUGUCUUCAGCUAAGUGGUCGGCUUUGGCCUUCCUCUUGCUGUCCUCAAACUCAGACUUGGAGGAGUUUGACCUGAAGAAAUACAAGCCCUCAGAGAAGGGUUUCAUGAGACUGCUGCCAGUUGUCCAAGCCUCCACUAAAGCCAUUCUUUCCAGCUGUGUCCUCUCUCCUCACAGCUGUGGUCUUCUAGCCUCAGCCCUCAGCUCCUCCAGUUUGACACAUUUGGAUCUCAGCAACAACGACCUUCAGGAUUCAGGAGUGGAGCAGCUGAGUUCUGGCCUGAAGAGCGCCACCUGCAGAUUGGAAACCCUCAGGCUGUCUGGAUGUCUGGUCUCAGAGAGGGGCGGGGCUGCUCUGUCCUCAGCUCUGAGCUCCGCCCCCUCCCACCUCAGAGAGUUAGACCUGAGCUACAACCAUCCAGGACCCUCAGCAGAGCUCCUGACCGCUCUACAGGACGACCCACACCACCCCCUGCAGUCUGUCAGGCUGGAUCAUGCGGGAGAGCAGUGGAUGGUCCCUGGUCUGAGGAAGUAUUCUUGUGAAUUCUCUCUGGAUCCAAACACGGCUCACAGAAAACUGAGACUGUCUAAAAACAACAGAACAGUGACUCGUGUGGAGGAGGAGCAGCAGUAUCCAGAUCAUGAAGACCGAUUCACAGAACAACCACAAGUCCUGAGCUCCACUGGUCUGACCGGGCGCUGUUACUGGGAGGUGGACUGGAGAGGACAGUGGGUUGAUAUAGGUGUGAGUCACAGAGGAGUUAGAAGAGACAAAAGGUUUGGAGACGAUGAUCAGUCCUGGAGUUUGAAGAUAAAAUAUAGAAUUCACCAUUUUUCGACCAAAGAAGAAAGAAAUGCAAAGGAUUUGUGGGCGCUUGAAGAUUGGUCGAAUGACCAUAAGCCCAACUCAGGUCGAGUGGGGGUGUUCCUGGACUCUGAGGAUGGAUAUCUGUCUUUCUAUACGGUCUCCUCAAAUGGAAAUCUGUCCCACCUCCGCACAUUUUACUCCACAUUCAGUGAGCCUCUGUUUCCCGGGUUUGGACUGAAGUCUGAUGAUUCCUCAGUGACUCUAGUUAAUCUGUGACUGUAGUGCCCCCUUGUGGACACAUAACAGCAGGGUGGCAUGGUUUUGGAUUGUUGAGGAAACCAACCUGAGCUCCACACAGAAAGGCCCGAUUUGCCCCUGUCUGACCAACCAGGCGCUUCUACAUCAUGUUCAAAUCCCAAAGGACCUGGAAGUGGACGACAGAGGAUGAAAAACCUCUGUCCUAACUUGAGACAAUUCAACCACAGCUGUAAAUUUUUCAUGUUUCACUCAAAUGCAGAAGACAUCUCCUCAUUAGACAUUAGAACUAAAUAUACAAGUUAUUUUACCUGACAUAGUUUGAUGCUUUGAUGAUGAGGAAAUCCACAUUGUUUCUCAGUCUUUUUAUGUUGUUUCUUCCUCUUUUUUUUCUUUGUUUUUUUUUUUAUACAUGCAAGCAGCCAUGCUUGUUUUUGAUGUGAACGGAGCAUGCGUCUCUCUGCCUUUCAAUCAUGCCCUCUAAAAUCAGGGAAACAGAUCCAUCCAUCCAUUUUCUUCCUCUUAUCCGGGGCCGGGUCGCGGGGGCAGCAGUCUAAGCAGGGACUCCCAGACUUCCUUCACCCCAGACACGUCCUCCAGCUCCUCUGGGGGGGACCAAAACACAUUUCGAUAUUAUUUUAGUCAGAUUUUGUUAUGGUAAAAAUGUUCCUAAAUUUUAAAUCUUUCAUUAUUCAAAAUUUUAAAUGUUGUAGACAUUGGACAAAACUGCUAUGGUCCUGAUUGGCUCACUAGUUAAGAGAUGGGGAGUACUCAUUUACUUGAGUAACUUUUACAGAAAGUUUGCUUUUCAAAUGGCAUACUUUUACUCCUACUUGAGUAAUAUUUUUGUUGAAGUACUCUUACGUGAAUAAAAAUUGUGGUUCUUCUUUCGACUGCGAAUAAAUCUAAAGCGACAGAAGCUUUAUGUCAAAAAUAAAUGAGUUGAAGGUUUGUGUU